AUGGACAACAAGGAAGGAAGAAUAAGAUCAAAGACGUCAGUCAACCCGAAGACGUGCAAAGCAAACAAGGCUAGUAAGGUGAGGCGACCGAGCCUGGGAAGGGAAAUCGUGUGCCUCGAGCUUGUCCUUCAGCAGAGUCGGCGCCGUAGACGACAACAGUCAGUUUCUGCCGUCGAGACGAUUCCUGUCAAUCAGCAUCGACCUGCCAAUCUACGAGGAUCGCUGUCGAAGAGUGCAGCUGGCACGAGCGGAAACUUGUGUGGACAAAGCGCUACGGUUGCUACAGAUGUACGGAAGAGCAUCAAUGGGGUUUUUCCCCCCGAAUUGAUCCGAUCUGCCCUGUGUGGCGAAAAUGUCGAGGCCGCAGUGACGACGGUUGAAUGUCUGUGGGGUCUGCCAAGCCUGAAGGACGAUGCGGAGAGAAGACCUCGGUGGGGGCCGCGAAGCUCAAAGUCGCAAAGUACCUGA